GUAUGCGAGAAGCCGCUGCUGCGCUCGGUGGCUCGGUGUGAGGUGAUUCAAGGUGUCGAUAUGUCGGCCGAUACAACGCUGAGAACCUUGUACAUCGGCAACUUGGAUCACGCAAUGUCCGAGGAUCUGUUGUGCGCUCUGUUCUCCCACAUCGGCGCCGUUACGAGCUGCAAGAUCAUCAGAGAGCCUAGAAGCGACCCCUACGCGUUCGUGGAGUUCGCGGAGCAUGCGGCAGCUUCCGCGGCGGUAACGGCUCUCAAUCAGCGUCUCUUCCUAGAGAAGUUUAGAUUCGCUCAAGCAAGUUUUGAUGUCGUGCACGCCUACCCCGCGAUCCUCUCCGACCGCCUAUCCCCUGGCCACCGAACACUCUUCGGGAAUCCUAGUGCUACCUUCCACACGCCACAGUCACCCUCUAGCGACUCCUUGCAGUAUGUUGAACAACUGUUCAGUUGUCUGGAAAACUCAAAUCCCUGA